UGUUAGAAAAACAGGAGAAAAUGGGAUUUAUUGUGUACUUUUUAAAAACUAUUCACACAGAAUGUACAACUAAAGAAAUAUCUGAAAAGUAUGUUGAAUAUGUAGGAACAAAAUGUAAAUGCAAAUUCUAUUGGAAGUAGGAUUUUAUGGGUGAGAAUAUAUUGGCUGGAAAUAUACAGCAAAAAGGAAACUAAGCAAAAAAAAUCUCUAAUUAAAUGAAUGACUUUUUUUUCCGGUGGGUCUCAUAAUAUUAUCAAUAUCUAACUAUAUUUUGACUGUGACUAUAUUGUAAAAGUAAAGCUUUUGAAUAUAUUGUUUGAGGUGUGUUGUGCAACAUUAUUAUGUAUGGCUUUCUGUGUAAUGAGGCUGUCGAUAGUGUUAAAAAUCAGUUAUUAUACUGUAUAUUAUACUGUAUAUGAUACAGUAUAAUAAAUAAAUGUAGCACCUAAAAAAAAAAAAAAACAUUCUCUCCAAGUGCCACCAUUACGACCAAAUCUAAAAUUGUAGUGGGCCAAAGUUUUCCCAAAAAUACAUUUAUUAUUAAAUAUGAAGAAAAAGAAAAAAAAUAGUCUGAAAUAAAAAUGAAAUAUAUUGCGCAUCAAAGUUCAAUGAACUUACCCAAAUGUAUAUGUUUAAAAGCACACAGCUCUAAUGAAGCUAAAAACAAAUGUAUUGGACUUAAGUUAGGUGGCACGGUGGGUCAGCUGGUAAACCAUCGCGCUCACAGGUCUGAGGUCCUGGGUUUGAUCUUGCCUGCGUCGGUUUCCUCCGGGCACUCCGGUCUCCUCCCUCAUCCCAAAAACAUGCAACAUUAAUUGGACACUCUAAAUUGCCCCUAGGUGUGAUUGUGAGUGCGGCUGUUUGUCUCUUUGUGUGCCCUGGGAUUGGGUGGCAAUCACUUCAGGGUGUACCCUGCCUCUUGCCCGUUGACAGCUGGUAUAGGCUCCAGCACUCCCUGCGACCCUCGUGAGGAUAAGCGGCAAAGAAAAUGGAUGGAUGAACUUGAGUGAAUUUAAGUAGUACCGAAUUGAACUUUGGGGGUGAUUCUUUUGUGCACCAGUGGAAGGAGGGUACCAACAGUAAGUAGUAUUCAUACCUCACUUUGUGAAUCAACGUUUGUGAUGAAGGCUUUUGUGGUCACAAAUGGAUGGUCACUGUUUGUUCCUCUGAGGCCAAAACAUUAGGUACAAUGUCACUGCCGGAGGUGCUCGGCGUCGGCCAUACUGCGGGUUGCCCGGUGUCAGACGGGGCCGCUUUAUUGCUUCUUCUUCUCUUGCUGCUUCUCCUCGCCGCCUGGGAAUGGAGACACUGGUCACACAUACCAGGUCCGUCAUUUCUAGCAGGACUCGGUCCGGUUCUUUCCUACACUCGGUUUAUCUGGACCGGCAUAGGAACGGCGAGCAACUACUACAACAAGAAAUACGGCAGCAUCGUGCGGGUGUGGAUCGACGGCGAGGAGACCCUCGUCAUCAGCAGGUCCUCUGCGGUGUAUCACAUCUUGAGGAGCGACCACUACGUCGCCCGAUUCGGGAAUAAAAAUGGCUUGGAGUGUAUCGGGAUGGAAGGCAGGGGAAUUAUUUUUAACAGUAACGUGGACCUCUGGAAAAAAGUGAGGAGUUAUUUUUUGAAAGCCCUGACAGGACCCGGUCUAAAGAGGACAGUUUCUAUCUGCACGAGUUCAACAGCAGAACAUCUGGACAACCUCCAGGACAUGACGGACCCGUCGGGACACGUGGACGCUCUCAAUCUGCUGAGAGCCAUCGUGGUGGACAUCUCCAAUAAACUGUUCCUUGGGGUGCCGCUCAAUGAGAGGGACUUGCUGGUGAAAAUCCAAAACUAUUUUGAGACAUGGCAAGCGGUGCUGAUAAAGCCGGAUAUAUUCUUCAAAUUUGGAUGGCUCUACAAUAAACAUAAAAAAGCAGCGCAGGAGCUACAAGAUGCAAUGGAACUCCUUCUUGACUUCAAAAGAGAGACCGUUAAAGAAGCCGACAAGCUGGAUGACGAGCUUGACUUUGCGACGGAGCUCAUCUUCGCUCAGAACCGAGGGGAGCUCUCUGGUGACAACGUGAGGCAGUGCGUGCUGGAGAUGGUGAUCGCCGCUCCAGACACGCUCUCCAUCAGUCUCUUCUUCAUGCUGAUGCUGCUCAAACAGAACCCCGAAACGGAGCACAGGCUGCUAGAGGAGAUCGAUUCUGUCACCAGGGAAAGUGGAGAAGAAAAUGUGGAUUAUGCACAUCUGAAGGUGCUGGAAGUUUUCAUCAAUGAGUCAUUGAGAUAUCAUCCUGUGGUUGAUUUCACCAUGCGUAAAGCUCUGGAAGAUGACGUCAUCGAAGGCAUCAGGAUUAAAAAAGGAACAAACAUCAUUCUUAACAUCGGUCUCAUGCACAAGACAGAAUUUUUCCCUAAACCCAAAGAGUUCAACCUCCGCAAUUUUGACAAAACGGUUCCCAAACGUUUCUUCCAGCCGUUCGGAUGUGGGCCUCGCUCCUGCGUGGGCAAGCACGUCGCCAUGGUGAUGAUGAAGGCCAUCCUGGUGACGCUCCUGUCGCGUUUCAGCGUGUGCCCUCGCCAAGGCUGCACCAUCAACAGCAUCAGGCAGACCAACGACCUGUCCCAGCAACCAGUGGAAGACGAGCACAGCCUGGCCAUGCGCUUCGUCCCGAGAAGAACGCGACACGCGUACGCGCUCCACGCCGACACCGUCAGUCCUGACUCCCUGCUCGAGUGAAGAAUCAUUUCGCAUUUUUAGCUCAUUUGUAGCAGGUGGUGAAACUUCACAGUAAAUUGGCCCCGUAACUUGGGCUGUAACAUCUGGAAGGCCACAUGUAAAGCACUGCAAAUAAUUGUGUUCAUGUUAAAAGUAAUAUUUACUAAAAUACAGUCAUACAUUGUAUUAUCAGUAACCGCAGGCUUAUUGUACCAAAAUAAACCUGCUCAUUACAGUGGUGCCUUGAGGUACGAGUGAACCAUCGUCACAGUUCUUCUGCCGUAAGAUAGCUGGGAUAGGCUCCAGCACUCUCGUAACCCUUGUGAGGAUAAGUGGCUCAGAUAGUGGAUGGGUGGAUAUUUGAACGAAAUGGUGCAGCAACAGAUGUCGCCAAACAAUAUAGCAAUGCCCAAAGCCAUCUACUGCAUUCUUUAUACUGAGUCACUCA